AUGGGUGAUCUGGAAUCUAACCAGUCUCAGUAUCAACAUCUCGGCGUCCCUGACCCGGAAUGGACUGCUUUCUAUGAGAAGAAUGCUGCAAGAGUGCCCCAUCUAGUGGGCUCACCGCAGCAUCUCCGGGAUGUCAUGGCGGAGCUCAAAGUUUACGCUACAGCAAUGGCUCCGCAGUUCACCGGACUGACAACCAAAGACAUUCAAGUGAAGGUCUCGGACGGGGUUGACAUAGCUUGCCGUAUUUAUACGCCAGUCGGGGCGCAGACUCCAGCCCCAGGCCUUUUGUACAUACACGGCGGAGGUUGGACGCUCGGUGAUCUCGAGGGCGAAGACGUCGCUUGCAAAGCGAUUUGCGAGUACACCAAAGUUGUCGUCGUAUCUAUGGACUACCGGCUGGCGCCCGAGAACCCAUUUCCAAGAGGCUUGGAAGAUUGCUGGGACAUUUUGCUUUGGACGCUGGAGAAUUCUUCGACACUUGGUAUAGAUCCAAACUGUGUCAUGGUCAGCGGUUCCAGCUCCGGAGGAAACUCUACUGCCGUCAUCGCCCAUAGGGCUCGAGAUAAAAGAAUUGCAUUGAAGGGUCAAAUUCUGAGGAUCCCUGCAACUUGCCACAUCAAUUGCUACCCACCUGAGCUCAAGCUUCGCAGCAUGGAAGAGCUCAAAGAUGCACCCCUCCUCUCGAAGCGCUCUAUGGAGACAUUCUAUGAAUACUACAGCCCGCCAGAUCCAUCCAGUCCAGAGGUAUCCCCUCUUCUCAACCAGAACUUCAAGAAUUUGGCACCGGCCUAUCUUCAAGUCGCGGGAAUGGAUCCGCUAAGGGAUGAAGGAUUGGCCUACGCCGCUAAACUCAAAGAUGCAGGUGUGCCGACAAAGGUCGACAUCUACCCCGGUUUGCCCCAUGCGUUUGGCUAUUUCCCAGAGCUGUCGGCAACACCCAAGUUUUCCAUCGAUGUCAUCACGGCCAUAGUUCAAUUGAUCGGGGGAAGUCUGUGA